AUGGAUGAUAUUGUCCAAACACGGAAGGUUAGAAUGAAGAUGUGGGACACCAGCAAGGAAAAAGUGUGCGAGUUGCAACCUUUGGACGAAACUGGGACCGUGCAGAGUUACAUCAACAAUGUUGCUAAUAGGUUUUUGGACUUUGUAUGUACAACUCUCGCACCUAUUCCUAGAACAAAAAAGGCAUUGUCCGGCAUCGUAUGCAUCAGCACAGACCGGAUCUCGCAUUCGCUUUCGACAUCAGCUACGGAGAUCAACCCGUGUGAGAAGGAGCAGAAGCAUAAAGAUAAACCAAGCAUAUCGCGACGACGAGGUCAUUUGAAGGACAACAGAUCCAACAGCUUCGACAUAUCCAUCCUCCAGGAGAAGCUUAGCUCCAUAAAGGCCAUAUCGAUCCCCACACCUUCCAACUGGUUCACGAAGAGACACCAGCCCACGAAGAGUGAUAUAACUAAUAAAGCAUUCCUGUUGAUAAUGCAAACUACAAAAGAAAAAUAUUCGUCAAAAAUAAAAGCUUCAGCUGCAGACCAUGGUAAACAAUACAACAAUGUGAUUGGAAAUAAGAAAAAUGAUGCAGUGAGCGUCAGGGCAAAAACAAAGCCUAGAAUCGAUUCAAACACAGAACAGUUGAAUAUUUAG